GCAGUCCAAUGGGCAGUCCCGUGCGCUCUUGGAGUCUCCACAGGCGUCGCUUCAGGCUCCGUUUGUUUGGAUCCAACACUCCUACCCCUCAACUUUUCUUUCUUUGUGUUUUUCCUAAGCAGAACUUGGAACAUUUCAACCUGUGAACUUUUCUAACAUUAGAUAAUCCUCAUUAUUCCGGGGAGGUUUGGACAAACAAAGAUGGACUCGGCUUUGGUCUCCGGUGCGCGCACACAGCUCUGAAAACAUCUCCAUGUCCAACUUGGCUCCGGCGGAUCUGUGGAGACCCUUUACCCACUGGAUGUAACCGGAACAGGGCUCACAUCCUAUCAUGAACAUUCUCCCACUCAAGUUUCCGUGAACUUUUCCCACGACUCGCCAUGUCGGGAGUGGUCCGCACCCUGAGCCGCUGCCUGCUCCCGGCCGAGGCCAGCCGGGACCCGGGCGGCAGUAAGGACCGGAGCCGGGAGAGGGACGCGGCGCAGGAGCGGGAGGCGAGGCGCAGGAGCCGGGAGAUAGACGCGAUGCUCGCCCGGGAGAGGAGAGCCGUCCGCCGGUUGGUCAAGAUCCUCCUGCUCGGGGCUGGAGAGAGCGGAAAGUCCACAUUUCUCAAACAGAUGCGCAUCAUAAACGGACAAGAGUUUGACCAGAAGGCACUGCUGGAUUUCCGGGACACUAUCUAUGAGAAUAUACUGAAGGGCAUGCGGGUGCUGGUGGACGCCCGAGACAAGCUGGGCAUCAGCUGGCAGAGCUGUGAGAACGAGAAGCAGGGCAUGCUGGUGAUGUCGUGGGAGGGCCGAGUGGGCGCCUCGGGGGUGGAGCCCAGCGAGUUUCAGCUGUACGUGAUGGCACUGAGCGCGCUCUGGGCCGACGCAGGCAUUCAGGAGGCCUACGCACGGCGCUCCGAGUUCCAGCUGAGUGAGUCAGUCAAAUACUUCCUGGAUAACUUGGAUCGGAUUGGCCAACUGAGCUAUAUUCCAAGCAAACAGGAUAUUUUGUUUGCGAGGAAGGCGACCAAAGGCAUUGUUGAGCAUGACUUUGUCAUCAAAAAGAUUCCCUUCAAGAUGGUGGAUGUUGGAGGGCAGCGGUCUCAGAGGCAGAAAUGGUUUCAGUGUUUUGACGGGAUAACCUCCAUACUCUUCAUGGUGUCAUCAUCUGAGUACGACCAGGUCCUGAUGGAAGAUCGCAGGACAAACCGUUUGGUGGAGAGUAUGAACAUAUUUGAGACCAUCGUCAACAACAAGCUCUUCCUCAACGUGUCCAUCAUCCUCUUCCUCAAUAAAACAGACCUGCUAGUGGAAAAGAUUCGUACAGUAGACAUCCGCAAGAACUUUCCAGAGUUCAGAGGAGACCCACGCAGACUAGAAGAUGUGCAGGCGUUCCUCGUGCAGUCGUUCAGCCGUAAGAGGAGAAACCGGGGAAAGCCACUGUUUCACCACUUCACCACCGCAGUAGAUACAGAAAAUAUCCGUUUUGUCUUCCACGCUGUCAAGGACACCAUCCUGCAGGAAAACCUUAAAGAUAUCAUGCUGCAGUGACCUUCAACACUACACACCCCUCUGACUGUUAACUGUGAAAUCAGCCAUGAAUCAGCGCCUGCAGGACCACUUGUCUCCGACACUGCAGCCCAUGAGUGCAUAUUAACACUGACCUGUGGAGCAGUCAGUUGACCUGUCGAAUGGAUCUGACUGAACUUUGAACUCUGAACCUGUGGAGAUAUGAGGUGACUCUGAGCCCGAUAGCCCUUGGGGGUCCACUGUGGAAGGGGUCACCAGGACAAGACCCUGUUUUUAACUUGUAAAAAUAUGCUGGGAGGACAGUGGCCAUCUUGUUCUGGUAUAGCAUGCUUGCCUGCAUAAACAGGUGAACUUAAAAAAAAAAAAAAAAAACUUUGCUACAUGAGCACUGAAAGUGUUUUUCCUUGGAUCUGUAUAUAUGACUAAUGACAACCCUGUCACUAAAAGUCAGG